CCCAAGCUUUCUGUGGUAGCUCGCUGUAGAAGGCAGAGUCCGCCUGAGGAACUCACAGAAUAGAGCCAAAGCCUACCUCCUAAUCUGCCUAAGAUGUCCUUAAAAUGAGUAAGAAUGGGGUUGGGAGCUAUGGCAGCAUCUCUACUAUGGGUGGAACCAUAGGAAGCAAUUACCGACCAUCUCAGGAUGGCGCAGCUCCCUCAAGAUCCAGGGUCCGAGUUCAGAAUAUUAUACCUUGUUGUGUAAACCAGCUGCUUACUUGUGCUCUGAUUGACAAUAUCUUCAAGAUUAGGGGAACUGAAGUUUCCCGCGUCUCUAUCGUGGGGAUAAUCAGAUCGGCAGAGAGGGCUUCCAACUACAUUAUAUACAGAAUUGAUGAUAUGACCACCAAGCCUAUUGAGGUCUACCAGUGGCUUGGAAGAAAUAAAGCAAAGCAGGGGGUAGCUCUUCUUCCAGUGCGAGUAUAUGCCAAAGUGAUCGGGAUCCUCAAAUAUUUUAAGGAAGCGAAAGGCCUUGAGGUAUUGAACAUCCAUGUCCUGGAGGACAUGAACGAGUUCACCACACAUAUUCUGGAAAUGGUCAAUGCACAUAUGAUGCUGGGUAAAGCCCGCCAAACAGCCUCUAGGCCCAGUGUGCCUGUUGCUCCAUCAAAAAUGGAUGAGGUCCAGGAGAAUGGCAAAUACCACCACAAGGAAGUUCUGCAUUUGAUUCAGGAAUGUCGUCGACAGGAAGGCAAGAGUGUACAGGAGCUCCAGACCCAGCUUCCCAGCCUGGGUGACAGGGCCAUCAAGCAAGCAAUUGAAUAUCUGACCAUUCAGGGCUACAUCUACACCACUGUGGAUGGGGAGCAUUUUAAAUCUGCCGAUUGAAGCGGUGAAAAGAUGUUUCAUUUUUCGAAGACCCUUGCCUCCAGGUGGGAGUGAGUUUAACUUGUUGACAUUUAGGAAGUAGAUUUUUUCACCAGAAGAUCUCAACUGGCAUCCUUUAGAACCUCAAUGGUUUUCCAACUGCUUUGAACUUUUCCAUUUUUCUAACUGUAUUUGAAGCUCAGAAGGAAAUGAUGAUGGAUAUAUUGACUGGACUUUUUGUAGUAUUUACCAGCAAGGAAAUGAAGCCAGUCCUGGAUGGAUUAAUUUGGGAAGAAA